AUGGCCGCCGUAUCCUCUGCCGCCUCUGCGGCUGCCGCCCGCAUUGGCGCCGCUCUCUCCGAUGCGCAGUACUUUGAGUCGAGCAUGGUCCGGGUGGAAGACAUCCGCCGCCAGCUGGACAGCCGCUCCGUCAAAGAGAAGCUUGACGCCAUGAAGCGGGUCGUCGCCUUAAUCUCCCUUGGGAAAGACGCCUCCACCUUCUUCCCCGACGUCGUCAAAAAUGUCGUCGCGCCCUCAUUGGACGUCAAGAAGCUCGUCUAUCUCUAUCUCGUCCACUACGCAGAGGAGAAGCAGGACCUGGCUUUGCUGGCCAUCAACUCCUUUCAGAAGGACUUGUCCGACCACAAUCAGCACAUUCGCGCGCUUUCGCUUCGCGUCCUGUCCUCCAUAAGGGUCAGGGUCAUUUUGCAAGUCGUCAUUUUGGCCAUUAGCAAGGCCGCGAAGGACUCCUCGUCCUACGUGCGCAAGGCUGCCGCCCAUGCCAUCGGGAAAGUCUGCGCCCUGGAUAGUGCUUCCAAGGAGGUUCUGUUGGAACCACUACAGGAUUUGAUCAGCGAUCGGUCCACACAGGUUAUGGGGAGCGCCAUCGCUGCCUUUGAGGAGGUUUGUCCCUACAAUUUCUCUCUCAUCCAUCCGCAUUAUAGACGCAUGUGUGCCAGUCUUGCCGAUGUUGAUCCAUGGGGGCAGAUCACCAUCAUGAACAUGCUGUUGCGCUAUGCCCGCAUCCACUUCGCCGAUCCCUCUGCGUCCACUGCCGACGCUCAGAGGUCCGUGCACAGCAGAAAUUCAGACCUGACUCUACUGUUGACCAAUGUCCUACCUCUUUUCUACUCGAUGAAUAACGGCGUCGUCGCCUCAGCCAUUGCCAUGUUUUACCAUCUCGCCACGAAAGACGAGUUCUGCGCAAACGCCGUCAAGCCGCUCAUGCGCCUCGUCGAUAUCGAGGAUGACGGAGGCCAGGCCGUCGCCUUGAAUAUGGCGGCCGCCGUCGUAACGCGCUUUCCGCCCGCGUUGCUACCCUAUGUGUCCGAGUUGUACGUGUCCGCGGCGCAUAGUGCACCUAUCCGUGUGCUGCGCAUGACAGUGCUGACCAGAAUAUGUGCCGCAGCAGAUAAACCGGGUGGCAUUGGAUCCAUGCCGCAUGCGCGCCGCGCUCUUUUGGCCGAGCUGAAAGAGUAUCUUUUUAGAAGCGACAAGGACUUGGCCGCUGCAUCUGCGCGCGCAAUUGGGAGCUUGGCCACAGCACAUCCAGGGUCCACCCCAGCUAUUGUUAAAGUACUUUCUUCUAUCGUGCGAUCGGCAAAUAGCCCCGCUGUCGUGACUGAGGCUAUUGGAGUGCUGCGAAAGCUGCUGCAGAGACACCCGAGCGCGCAGGCGCGGGCACUGCCGCAGCUUAUCGCCCUACUGUUGGCUGGUGAGGGAUCCGAUAGGGAAUCCAUUCAGGAGCCGGCUGCAAGAUCAAGCGUGAUUUGGUUGAUUGGGGAGUUUUAUGACAAGGUGCAAGCGGUAGCAACCGAAGCGUUGCGUCUGCUGGCACGCGGCUUUGUCAACGAGGCGGCCGAAGUCAAGCUACAGAUCCUCAACCUGGCGGCAAAAGCGGUUGCCUGGAACGAAUCUGCGCGUACGGGCGAAGCCAUGUCACCCAGUCUUCCACCAGGAGUCCCGGAAGAUGUACGCCUUCGGCUGUUGGAAUACGUCAUUUCUUGCGCCAAGUACGACAGGGAUUACGAUGUCCGCGACAAGGCACGGAUGUUUCACUUGCUAUUUAUAACACAGACAAAUACUCCGUUAUUUGGUACAGUUUGCAAGGCAUUUUGUGCUCGCAAACCAAUUCCUGCUUCGGAUGAUGUCACGUCGUGGUCCAUGAAUAUUGCAAACCUGGAGUCUGAUGUGGUGAUCGGGUCGCUCACGCAAGUGCUUACUGGGAGGCGUCUAGCAGGCUUUCAAGCGCUCGAGAGCUGGGCAAAAGAGGAUUCUGAAGCCGCUCUUCGCGAUGAAGUUGAAGGAGGGGGAACAGGGGCAGCACAUAAUCGCGAAUACACGGGAGUCAGCAGCGCUGAUUUCGGUGGAGCGGGGACGACAGCAAAUCAUGGCUCCACAGUAUGGGAGCCACCGAUGGGGAUUUCGUCAUCGACUGUCAACUUAACUGGUGCCACAGGCCAUGGAUAUAAUAUUGGGAGCCUUGGUGUCGAUAUGUCUUCCCGCUUGGCCGGACCGUCGCUGAAUAUGAAGAAUGUAGAUCCUGAGCGUUUCUACGAAUCAGAGGGGACAUCCGGGUCCUCAGAGUACGAUUCAUCUUCAGAGGAGGAGGAUGACGAAGGCGCUGUUGUGUCUUUGGGUGCUCAGCUCUUCGCGCACCCGAAUCCUCAGCAGGUAGUAAACGAUUUGAUCGAUACUGGACUUGCGGAGAGAUCCGCAGAGCAAUUUGCUCCCGCGAAAUCCACGUCGGAAUAUGACAUUGAAGCAUUGCUGGGCAGCCUGUCUGUAUCUCAAGAAAAGUCUGAAAACAAGAUCAGUUUGCCGGACAAUUCGCCAGACGGACAGGAACGGAGUUCCUGGACUCGGCUUGUCGAAACUUGGAGGUCCAACGGGUUGGAAAUCGAUGCGUGCUACAUUAGAACUCCUUCGGCGGCCGGCUCCGACGUCACACCAGUUGUGCUACGGCUCACGAACCACGGAAACACAACCCUGGAAAACAUUUCGUUUUCGUCUCAUUCGGGAACGUAUUUCGCAGCUCGGAAAGAAUUGCCUUCGUUGCCACCCCACCACUCUGAUGAAGUAUUGGCGAAUGUAAGGUUUCGAGGGAAGACGACUGGGGUGCAGUUUGGUGUUAAAGUGGAUGCAGCAGAUGUUACGAGCGGAGAGUUGAAGCCACCAGUUGGUUUCGUUGUUCGGCCAAACAUUGCUAUAACGCCCGGAGCUUUUCUUUCAACUGAGCAGUCGCUACGGGGAAUGUUUGGAAAUGAGUGCACAGUCCGGCUAUCCCAGCCCGAAGGCAGUGACUGGAUGGGAUUAUCCAAUCUCAUCCGUGAACUUAUUCUCGAAAAGUGCUUCUUAUCGCAUGUGAAGACUUCGGUCGGUGGAAGAAGUGCCGCCGACAGUGAGAAGUUUUCAAUUGCCCUUGCAGGUCACUUGCCCACACCUGAUUCGGGCUCACAGGGACUACACCCUGUACUGGUCCGCUUGACAGUCCACUCUGCUCAGGACGAGCAAACGUGUAAAUGCCAACUGUGGGUGGGAUGCGAAGUGAUGUUGUUUUCAGCAACGCUUAUGCAGGCGUGCAAGAGUGCAUUGGUACCACUCACCCAACCGUCGUGACAAGUAGAGACGUAGGGCCUAUGUUUCUGCUCGCAGGGAAGGAACAUGUGCCAAUUGUGACACUGAACGAGCGCUUACUUUCAAGAUAUGGUGUCUUUCAAUAUCAAUCCGCUUGGUAUUACUAAUGUUACAUGUUUUACAAGUGCCCAACUUUGUGGGCAGAUUCCGUCUUGUGCCAUUAGGACAAACCCCGUCUUGGCACGGCUUCUAAUUCAUAACUCCUAGUCAUACAUUACUCGUAUUAUUUCCACAAGAAUUGUAGAAACCUGGAACAAUACAUACAGUGUUCCAUCAGUGCAAAUGACAGAACACAAGAUCCUAACAAAAAGUUGUUCGUAUUUUG